CCCCGCCCUCCCAAAGCGGGCUAUAAGUUCACACUGCUCUCGGCCUCCGCAGUGCCUGCCGCUGGGGGUCUGCACUUGGAGGGUCCUGCCAACAGUCAGAGGAGCCACUGCCACCUCCCACCAUGGCCGAGGAUCUGAUGCUGGGGAGAUGUGACCUGGAGCUGGAGGCCAAUGGCCGUGACCACUACACGGCCGACCUGUGCCGGGAGAGGCUGGUGGUGCGGCGCGGCCAGCCCUUCCGGGUGACGUUGCACUUCGAGGGCCGAAACUACGAGGCCAGUGUGGACAGCCUCACCUUCAGUGUUGUGACAGGCCCAGCCCCCAGUGAGGAGGCAGGGACCAAGGCCCGCUUCCCGCUGUCCGACGCUGUGGACGAGGGUGCCUGGACGGCCUUGGUGGUGGACCAGCAGGACAGCGCCCUCUCGCUGCAGCUCAGCACCCCAGCCAACGCCCCCAUCGGCCUGUACCGCCUCAGCCUGGAGGCCUCCACUGGCUAUGAGGGCUCCAGCUUCGUGCUGGGCCAUUUCACCCUGCUCUUCAACCCCUGGUGCCCAGCCGACGCUGUAUACCUGGACUCGGAGCAGGAGCGAGAGGAGUACGUCCUCACCCAGCAGGGCUUCAUCUACCAGGGCUCGGCCAAGUUCAUCAAGGGCAUACCCUGGAACUUCGGGCAGUUUGAAGAUGGGAUCCUGGACAUCUGCCUGAUGCUCCUGGACAUCAACCCCAAGUUCCUGAGGGACGCCAGCCGCGACUGCUCGCGCCGCAGCAGCCCCGUCUACGUGGGCCGGGUGGUGAGCGGCAUGGUCAAUUGCAACGAUGACCAGGGCGUGCUGCUGGGACGCUGGGACAACAACUACGGGGACGGCAUCAGCCCCAUGUUCUGGAUCGGCAGUGUGGACAUCCUGCGGCGCUGGAAGAGCUGCGGCUGCCAGCGUGUCAAGUAUGGCCAGUGCUGGGUCUUCGCAGCUGUGGCCUGCACAGUGCUGCGCUGCCUCGGCAUCCCCACCCGCGUCGUGACCAACUAUAACUCUGCCCACGACCAGAACAGCAACCUGCUCAUCGAGUACUUCCGCAACGAGUUUGGGGAGAUCCAGAAGGACAAGAGCGAGAUGAUCUGGAACUUCCACUGCUGGGUGGAGUCCUGGAUGACCAGGCCGGACCUGCAGCCAGGGUACGAGGGGUGGCAGGCCCUCGACCCCACGCCCCAGGAGAAGAGCGAAGGGACAUACUGCUGCGGCCCAGUUCCGGUCCGUGCCAUCAAGGAGGGCGACCUGAGCACCAAGUACGACGCCCCUUUUGUCUUCGCUGAGGUCAAUGCCGACGUGGUGGACUGGAUCCGGCAGGAGGAUGGGUCCCUGCACAAGUCCGUCAACCGCUCGCUGGUGGUGGGGCUGAAGAUCAGCACGAAGAGCGUGGGCCGCGACGAGCGGGAAGACAUCACCCACAACUACAAAUACCCCGAGGGGUCCCCGGAGGAGAGGGAAGCCUUCACGAGGGCCAACCAUCUGAACAAGCUGGCUGACAAAGAGGAGACCGGCAUCGCCAUGCGCAUCCGCGUGAGCCAGAGCAUGAGCAUGGGCAAUGACUUCGACGUCUUUGCCUACAUCACCAACAACACGGCCGAAGACCACGCCUGCCGCCUCCUGCUCUGCGCCCGCACCGUCAGCUACAACGGGGUCCUGGGGCCCGAGUGUGGCGCCAAGGACCUCCUCAACCUUUCCCUGGAGCCCUUCUCUGAGAAGAGCAUCCCUCUUCGAAUCCUCUAUGAGAAAUACUGCGACUGCCUGACCGAAUCGAACCUCAUCAAGGUGCGCGGCCUCCUCAUCGAGCCGGCUGCCAACAACUACCUUCUGGCCGAGAGGGACAUCUAUUUGGAGAACCCAGAAAUCAAGAUCCGGAUCCUGGGGGAGCCCAAGCAGAACCGCAAGCUGGUGGCUGAGGUGUCCCUGCGGAACCCGCUGGCUGUGCCCCUGUCGGGCUGCACCUUCACCGUGGAGGGGGCGGGCCUGACCGAGGAGCAGAAGACCAUGGAGAUCCCGGACCCAGUGGAGGCCGGGCAGGAAGUGAAGGUGAGGGUGGACCUGCUGCCGCUGCACGUGGGCCGCCACAAGCUGGUGGUGAACUUCGAGAGCGACAAGCUGAAGGCUGUGAAGGGUUUCAGGAACGUCAUCAUCGGCCCCUCUUAAGGGGUCCUCAGCCCCACGUCAGCCGACCGAGAGCCCCCGACUUGACCCCAACUUUUAUCCUAAGCUAAUGAGCAAAAUUUGCCCCUUCCUGGGCCCCAGAGUAGGAGUGGGCUGCCUGUGUGGGGGCUCUCUGGGAUGGCAUGUACUUCUGACCCGUCUUGUCCCCCUGAACCUGGUUCCGCACCCCCUUUCCUGCGAGCAACGUUCUGUGCCUCCACAGUGGGGGUCCUGACCUUGGCUGACUGGGCCUGUGGGGGGAGGAGGGAUCCACACCUCCCUUUCCAGCCCAGUUGCCACUUGGAAAGCCACUGACCACCCACCAUAUCUGAUCUGCUCCAGAGCCCCUUGGAGCAGGCAAAAAAGAGGCAAUGUACCCAUUGGCUGGAUGGAGGGACCUGGCCCCCUAGAAUGUCCUGUAUCCCUUCCCCAGACUGUGCCCCGGGGCCCCAGGCACCCUUGGGAGAGCCAGAGCAGAUGGGGACAAGGAGGGUCCCAGGAAUAGGCCAGGCCCAAGCUCCCCCCACAUCCCAGCAGCCCUAGCCCAACCGCCCCCCACCCACCUCACCAUUAUGGGGCACUGCCAGGUGCCAGGUGCUUCCUGUACUCGCUGGUGCUCAUGUGGCCACCAGCCCAGUGAAUGGCCACAGGAAGCUGAAGAGUGGGAACUGCUUUCUCUGCGAGGAGACUGAAGCUUGGUGAUGGGAGGCGGCCCCCUCUGCACCAGCAGGCUGGCGGCUAUUUGCAAGGCUGGGUAACGUGAAGGUGCAGGAACAGAGCCUGGACCGACCUUCUGAGUCCGAGUCCAGUGCUCUGCUCGUGACACCAGCCCUGACCUGAGAAUGUCAGAGAGGCCAUUUGGGACCUGAUCCAAAAGGACCAGUUGGGGCAAAAAGGUAGGGAGGAGACUGGAGAGAUCAGAGCCCUGGGUUCAAGCCCCAAGUCCGGCUGGCCACUGCCUUCCCCUGUCUGGGCCCAGUGUCCCCACUGGUCAAAGGAGUGGUUGAACCAGCUCAUCUCCAAGGCGCCCCCAUUUUGAACUUCUGAUGCAUUGUGUGACCCAGUCUUGCAAAUGACAGCGAGUCUGGCUCCCUGGCUGCACAGAGCCUUAGCCUACAGGCCUAGGAUGUUUCUGAGCGUGCAGCCAUGACGACGACCACUCUCCUGCCCCCGGCCAUGUCCAGGUCCCCUACCUGUGCCCAGGCACCUUCCUUCAGACCCCAGUUGUGUAGUAAACGAGCCCCGGAGGCCCCCGUCCUACCCGUGAGCCUGCCCGCCACAACACCUCGACUUCACCAGGGCCUUAGCUGCUGUGCUGGUCACUAACCAACAAGGUCGGCACCUCAGCACCCACUCUUUGCAGGGCCCGGGCCCUGGACCCGGGCCCUGGAACACAGCCGGCCUUUGCCCGUGACUAAGCCUGGGGAGCCCACGAGAUGUCAUCUCUGACUUAACCCCCGCCCCCUCCACGUGGCUGGGCCUCCCUCACGCCAGCAGAGGGAAGGAGGGGAAAUUCUCUACCUGGGGUGAGGUCGCAGCCUCCAGGGCCCCCAAAUCCCAGAGAGGGAAGUGGGGAAGCCACGCCGAUGCACUUAGAGCUUUCUGCUUCGCAGGGGAAAGAAUCACAAAGUGAGCCAACGUGGAUACGUUCUGUAUAAAUACAGCUCUAUUUCUCUGGUUUCAUAAACGCUUUUGGGUUCCAAGUAGGCAGUAGGUGUGCCUUUGAGCCACAAGGAGCGAGCACUGAAAUAAAAAAAUUUAUUUUUCACAUUCAAACAAGGUCUGGUCUUCUUCAUGCUUUUGAGGAGGGUGAGUAGGCAAGCUCAUUCACCUUGGGACCAGCCACCUCCUGCCUGAGAGCCUUUCCCCAGCCUCAGCCCCUCCCCCACAUCUAAAUUUUACUGGCAUUCAGGGCUCUACACAGUCCAGCUCCAUCCUUAGCGUCUUCCUCAAACAAAUCAUGUUCGGACCACAAUGAACUUCCUGUUUCCCUCUAAACACGCUGUGCGCUUGUCAACCUCCCGGCUUUUGCAUGUGUAGUUCCCUGAGCCUAGAGUGCCCUUACCCAUCUUGCAAACUCCUACUCAUCCUAUAAUGCUUAACACCAAAGUCAUCUCUUCUGAGAAGCCUUCCAGAUUUCUUCUCAGGCCCCCAGGGCCCUGGAACAUAGACCAACUCAAACACUUACCACAGCAAACUUUAACUCCAUGUUGGUAUGUCUGUCCUCCUCCCCAUCCUAUCUGCAGUCCUCAAAGGAAGGGAUAAGAAUGCUAAUAAGUGCUGAACUGGUAAAUCAAUGUGUUUCCACUCAGCUCCCAGAAGACCGGUGCUGUCCAGUAGAAAUAUAAUGUGACUCACAAAUGCAAGCCACAUAUGUAAUUUAAAUUUUUCUAGCUGCCACGUUAAAAAGUGUAAAAAGAACCAGGUGAAAUAUAUUUUAAUAAUGUAUUUUAUUUAACCUAAUGUGUCUGAAAUAUUGUUAUUUCAACACAAAAUCAAUCUAAAAAUUGUUAGUGAGAUAUUUUACAUUCUUAUUUUCACACUCGGCCUCUGAAUUGCGGUGUCUGUUUUGUAGCGACAACCCGUCUCGAUUCGGACUAGCUGCAUUUCAGGGGGCUGCUGGCUAUGGUACCGGAUGGCGCCAGGUCUGGACUAUGAUCCCAGGAGUGUGGGGACUUCGUCAUUCAUCUCAUUCCCCACCAAUGAGGCACUAAUAAACGUUUGUUGAUUGAAUAGGUGAUGGAGGACCUCAGUCUAAACCCUCAGGGAACUCAUGGUGGAAGACAUGACAUGAGC